AUGUCCUUACCCUUGAAGCCACUUACGAUCGACUCGAAUAAUAAACAGAUAGACUCCAAACAAAAGAAGUUUCGUGCUAAUGUUGAGCGUGCAUUAGAAAGAUUUGACUCUGUGACAGAAUGGGCAGACUAUAUUGCUAGUUUAGGAACUUUACUAAAGGCGUUGCAAAGCUGGUCACCGAAAUUCCAGAACGUAAAGUACUAUGUCCCAUCGCCAUAUCAAGUAAGCCGAAGGUUAACAUCGUCAUUAUCACCGGCGUUACCAGCUGGUGUUCAUCAAAAGACAUUAGAGGUUUACACAUACAUAUUUGAACACAUUGGGCUUGAAACCCUAGCUGCGGAAUGUAAUAUUUGGAUUCCAGGUAUUUUACCCUUAAUGACAUACGCCUCUAUGUCUGUCAGAUCACAUUUGAUCGAGCUUUAUGACAGUUAUAUUCUUCAGUUACCUCAAACAACGUUAAGAUUACUAAUCAGACCUCUGAUUUCUAGUUUAUUGCCCGGAAUUGAUGAUGAGAGUAGCGAUUUUUUACCUUUAACCUUAAAGCUUAUUGAGACCCUGCAGGAAAAUUUGGCUGACGAUUCCUUGUUUUGGCAGACAUUGUUCUUAGUUAUGACUGCGAAUAAAGGCAGAAGAUUGGGUGGACUUACGUGGCUGACUAGAAAAUUCCCAUCGUUAAAUGCGGUACCUCACUUGGUAAACCAAACGAAGAACGAGACAGAAGAAGAUACAAGUGAAACCGGUACUAUAGAUUCACAUUUGGAUAGGAAAAAAAAGAAAGAGGGAGCUUUUAAGAUCUUGCUUCCUGCAGCUAGAGACUUAGUGACCCCCGAACCAGGUCUACUUGUCCGCUGCCUUGUCGGUUGUCUAGAAGAUGAAAACGACAUCCUUAUUAAAAGAAGCGUUUUAGAUCUUUUACUACAGAGACUGAGGCUAGAUUCUCCUGUUUUAAAUGUUCUAAUUACUCCCGAAGACAAGAAACUACUAAUAAUGAGUUGUUGUAGAACUACUUUGAGCAAAGAUAUGUCUUUGAACAGAAGAAUAUGGAAUUGGUUAUUAGGCCCUACUUCUGGGGGUUUACUAAAUAAUAAUGGCGGAACAUCUAUUCCUGAUGCUGCUUCUGCUAACUCUGCAAUCGAAGAAAGCAAUGUUUAUUUUAGGAGGUAUGGAUUAGGCACGCUUUUAGAAGGUUUAAACGAUCUUCUUUCAGAAGAAGAGUCCAUUCUUAUUGCGUUUAGAAUAAGCAUGGCAGUCAUGGAUAGGUGGGAAAUUGGUUCACUUGUGAUUCCUGAACUAUUUAUUCCCCUUCUCUCUUCUUCGGAAAAGUUCAAGCAGAAUGAACAAAUUAUGAAAACCGCACGUACUUUUUUUGACAACGUUGAAACAAACGUUAUAUGGGGGAAGCUGUUCCAAAAAAUUGAAGAUUACAAAAACUUGAAAAUUUUAGACUUUGUUUUAACGAACUUUAAUAUCGGAAGCGAUGAAGAAAUUAUUGUACGUCAUCUUCCCUUAAUAUUAUUGGCUCUACUUGCUCUCCCAUCCUCUGAUAACGACCUUUUGGAUAUCUGUAAGCUUCAGAAAUUUUCUUUGUACAACAAAUUGUUAAGCUAUAUUCCCGAAAGAGCUCUUCUUCCCCUAAGCCAUUCAAAGUUAAAAUAUAAUGAUGCCUUAAGCUCUGAAGAACUUCUAAACAAAAUACAUGGAUUCUAUACUAGUGUUUCUAAUCCCUCCACAUCCGAGAAGGAAAAUACAAACGAAUGUUUGCCGCCCUUUACAACAGAAGAUUUGACUUUUUUGAUCGUAAAGCUUAUUCAUGAAAAGCUCCUUUCAAGUUUAAGCGAUAUGGAAAGCAUCAAUGAAAGCUCUAAGUUAUUUAUAAGUAUUUUUGAAAAAAUACCCGAAUCUAACGUAUCUAAAGGAUUAUCUCACCCAAGCUGGUCAGAUGAAGAGCUAAUCCAGAGGACAUUUAAGGCGAUUCCCAAGCUAUGUGAAUCCAACAAUGAUGCGAAAUCAAAAGAAAUUGUCGGAAUUGUUGAAAUUUUCGGUAAUUACUUAUAUUCACGCAUGCAAUUUAUUGAGUCUAUGAAAUUGCUAAAAGUGAUCAUGACGGCCGUGUGGAAAUCUUUAAAAGAUCCACACCAUCAAAUUUUAGGGGUCAAGAAUUUAAAGACCCUGAACAGAUUUAUUCCCCCAAAAUUCAUUGAAAGUGCAUUAGUUUAUACUUUUGUAGAAGAGAGCGAUAUAAGCGAGAGACUGGGCGUGUUAGAUUUGCUAUGGACGCAACUAGACUCAAACACAGAUUUAAUUAGGCACCCGCUCGAAUUGAUUUUGGGUGAGCUAUUUGAUGAUCAAAAUCCCUACUACUUAACAGUUUCAAAGUGGAUUCUGUCUAUUAUAAAUUCAGGUUCUGCAACAAGACUAUUUUACAUUUUGACAGAUAAUAUUUUGAAAGUCUCUCAUUUAGAGAAAGAAAUUUUAGAUGACAGGGAUGACCUCGAGAUGCUCACAUAUGAGUUUCAAAUGCUUGCUUAUGUUUUAAAAACAAACAAUGGCCGCGUUAGGAAACUUUUUUCUACUGAACUCACCUCAAUAAAGUCUUUAGAUAUAUGGAAGAAUGAAGAUGUGUCUACAUAUAAGAGCUUAUUGUUGGUCAUGUUGAUGAGAUUUUUGAAUAUAAAGAAUAACACGCAUGCAAAAAGCAUCAGGAGUGCUUUAAUUCUCUUGGAUAUACUACUGGAUGGAACUGAAGAUAAUUUCAAGGAUAUCGUUAUAUUUUUACUUCAAAUGUCAUCUAAAUAUAUUGCAGAAGAAGGCAUUGAGCCGGAGCUAAUAGCGGUUUCCUUAUUAGAUAUUGUGUCAAAGGUUCUCAGAUUAUCACAUGAUAACGGUAUUAAAUUAGACAUUUUCGAUGACAAUGCAGCUCAUCUGAAAUAUAUCGAUUACCUUGUUACCAGUGUCUCAAAUAUGAAGAGUCCCCUUAUUGUAACCGCUUAUGUGAAACUUCUGUCAGAAAGUAUUAUCUACUUUGAACAUUCUAUAUUUCGAAUGAUUUUGCCGCUGUCUGCUUCUCUCGUACAAUGUGUUCAAAGGUUGUUUUUGCUCGAAAAGAAAGAAGGCGGCUAUUACCAGCCAGUAGGUCUACUACUCGGUGGCCUGGAAGAAUUAUUGGAAAUCUCUCAUGGAUAUCUUGUGACUGAUCAAAGAGAGGGGUACUUUUCCGGCUCUAAUUUGAAAGGCGAUUUUAUUCAGUCCGUGGUCUCAAAUGUUUUCUCAUCCGAUUCCUCCAAUGAGGAGAGUAGAAUUCAAGGCGAAAGGGAUGUGAUUCUACAAUCUUUUAGACAAGUGAUUUCGUGCUGCUUAGAUAUUUGGUAUUGGGCUCACAGUAUUUCGGGCAUAUCCAACAAUGAAUCCAGCCUAGAUAUGACAAACCAUAACUCGUACAAGUUCAAAUUUAGAUCAAAGAAAUUGUUAGAGACUUUGUUCUUGCUAGAACCUUUAGAGCUGCUAGAAAAUUUGAUUAAUAUUAGGCCAGACGAUGUUACAGUUACUCUGGUACAUGUGCUUGACGGAAAUAAACCCGCUAUGACCAUACCACAUUUGUUGUAUGGUGUGAUUAUCAGGUAUAACAGAACAGCAUCUGUGAAGUUUUCCAAUCGUGAUGGAAGCGUUAGAGCAAGUACGACUAAAUUAACCAAAGGAGAACCUUCCAUGUUGAAAAAGUUAAGUGGGGAAUCGAUCAUUGCAUUUUUGUUUAAAUAUGUGGACUAUGUUGAAAACUCUGCCAUUGAAGAAUUUUAUGGAGAUUUCCUGUUAUUCUUUAGAGAAGUGGCAACUAAUUAUAACCUCUACUCGGAUGUAUCAUUGCCUGUACUAAAACUGGUAGCCCUUAUUUCUGAAAAGGUAAGUAAAACACAAUUUGGGGAACAGAAACGGGUUAGAAGAGAAAUAUCAGACGUAUUUUUCAAAUAUUUACCCAAUGCGUUUAUCAACUUUCCUAAUCAAAAUCGAGGCCAAUCUGCAUCAUUUAAGGAUUUGGAGUUUGUGGUGUGGCGCGUUCAAUAUAUUGUUAAUGAUCAAGUUGGAGGUGAUAAGUUCAAUACAACAUUAUCUACUAUCGUAAACCAAUGUCUAACUCCAUACAUCAAACCGAAAAGUGAAAAAGCCAUCCCAAAUUAUGCUCUAGAACUGGCUGUGGUUAUAGCCAAUUUGAGUUCAAAGGUAAAGAGUUGGAGACUUUUAAUAGCGGAAUUAUUUCAAAAUGACAAGAAGCUCUCAGUUAUUGGCAGCAACCGAGUUUGGGAGAAAAUUAUAUACGAAUGGUCUGUUUACCCAGAAAAUAAAUCAAAAAUUUUGAAUGACUUGCUGUUGGAGAUUGGAUCUAAACGUUCAGGGGUAGCACCAACGUUAAUCACGUUCAAUUUAAGCAACGAAUCGGAGGUUGAAUACAAGUGCCAAAACCUCUCAAAGAUAUCGUACUUGCUAAUGAUAUCACCAAAUGAUGCAUAUUUGUUACAGUUCUCCUCCUUGAUAAGUUGCGUUUGCCAAUACUUGGUGUCCAAGGAUAUCAAGCUUAAAGGGAGUUGCUGGAUUCUACUAAGAGUUUUGCUCUUAAGAUUUUCAGAGUCGCAUUUCAACGAUUACUGGUCUAUGAUUAGCUACUGUUUACAAACUAAUCUACAAGAGUUUUAUGAAUCGUUACAGAUUCAGUCCGAAGUCGAUUCCCAAACAAUAUUACAGAUUUGUAAAACCUUAGACUUACUGCUCUUACUAAACAUGGAAGGUUUCACUUCUACGAACGAAUGGAUAUUUGUCAUUGAUACAAUAAAUUGUGUAUACAAAACUAAUUCAUUCGUUGCACUAGUAGAUGAAAUUGCUGAAUUUAAGGACUAUGAAAUAAGUAAAAUUGAUGAUCUGGAAUUACCAACGACUUUAAAAGACGGCCUUCCGUUACUACGGGGCAUCCACAAAAUCGAAAGGCACUCACAAUUGAGAAAGUUUUUCCAGAAUUUAAGCUAUGUACACUAUGAGAAAGUAUACGGAUUAGGCACUGUAGAUUUACAUGGUUGCAGUGAGGAUCUUAAGAAAGACAUCUUGUCAUGA